AUGUCUGUACUCGAAAAUGGCGGCGAGCAGCAACAACGAUCGACAGUCUCAUUCGAUCAUCUGUUGACUUCCGCAAAACGGCGUGAGAUCCUUCAGAACUCGGGCGUCGGUCAUGGAAACGGCUUGUUCUCGCCGUUCCGCACGGCUCGUUGUAAUGCCGAGACGGCCAUCAGUCAACGAGGUUUGCUGAAAUUUUCUUUUCAAUUGCAACAAAAAAUGAUAAUCUAAUUUCAGCCAUACCUCGUGCGAACCCAGAGCAUUUGCGCCCAAUUUUCGAUCGGUUUGCGUCGAAAGAGGUGAAAGGGAAGAAGGUGAUGACGUCCGAGGACUUCAUCCGCAGGUUUUUGGGCCUUUACACCGAAGACAACUACAACAAGGAGACCGUCCGACUUCUCGCCUCCGCCGCCGACACCACCAAAGACGGCGACAUUUCGUUCGAAGAGUUCUGCGCGUUCGAAGCUCUCCUGUGCAGCCCUGAUGCUCUUUACCUGACCGCUUUUGAACUUUUCGAUCGCAACGCAUCAGACACGAUCAGUUGCGACGAGUUCGAGGCGAUCAUCCGCCACACGCAGCCGCUGCACGAUCAGGAUUUCGAUUUCAACUCAGAAUUCAUCAAAAGAUACUUCGGGGUGUCAGUUUCAGUUUCAGCACUUGAAAGUCGAUUCUAGCUCGGCGGAUUUCAGUGACAAGCAACGUAACGUCAACUACCACUCAUUCUGUCAAUUGCUCCACGAUUUCUACGAGGAGCAAGGAAUUCAGGCGUUCAAGAAGUACGAUAAGAACGGCAAUGGAACCAUCUCUUCGGUGGACUUCCAGCAGAUCAUGACCACCGUCAAGGGACACUUGCUCACCGAGUUCGUCCGAAACAACUUGAUCGCGGUGUCUGGCGGCGGUGCCAGUGGACACAAAGUUCGUUUUUUCGCCUGAACUUUUACGUUAUAGUUUUGGUUUGCACUCCCCUACUCACAUUUUGAUAGGAAUUCCAAGCAAAAAUGCUGGAAGUGAGUUAGAUAACGUCGUACUGUAAAUAGUUAGAGUUUGGGUGUUGUGCUUACCCGAAGCAUGUCGUGUUUUGCUCUUUUCUCAUAGUUGUUUUCAGUUCUCGGACACGCGCAGCGGAAUUGUGAGUUUCUCCUUCCCCUUUUUCCUCUGUUCUCAACUGUAAUUUCUGUUUGUCUUCUUUUCAUCACCUGUUUUUCUUGUGUUCACUGAGUUGAUUUGCAGUUUUUGUUUAAAAACUAGUCCACGAUGCAUGUUUGAGCCAAUCUGUGGUCUGUUCGAAGUCCUCCAUCUUUUCAGGUCACUUUCCCCUAUUAUGCGGCUUUCAACAGCCUUCUGGCCAAGAUGGAGCUCAUCAAGAGGGUCUACGUGUCGAAUGCGCGCGGUAAUCUCGACAUUGAGAUGACCAAAGAGGAGUUUUUGCACGCGAUUCAGAGCUACACGCAGAUCACGCCGUACGAGGUGAGAUCCAGGGGUUUUCUUGAAAAUACAGACAAAACCUCUCGUUGUUUAGGUAGAAAUCUUGUUCCACCUGUCCGAACUGAACCAUCCGGGACGGAAGACGCUCAGCCUCAAAGAUAUCCAGGCGAUCGAUCCGGAACGACUGAAGAGAGUCUCCCAAAUGGACCGACUCAUCAACAUUAAAGCGGUGCACCACAAAGACGAAAGAGGCAUGGGCAUUGCGGUAAUUUAAAAAAGUAUUCUUUUGUUUUAUUGUUUCUUUUCCAGUUCCUCGAGUCCGCCUACCGUUUCCUGCUCGGUUCGAUUGCAGGAGCGUGCGGAGCGACCGCCGUCUAUCCGAUCGAUCUGGUGAAGACGAGAAUGCAGAACCAGCGCACCGGCUCGUUCGUCGGAGAAGUCAUGUACAAGAACUCGUUGGACUGCUUCAAAAAGGUCAUCAAAUUCGAGGGUCUUCUCGGCCUAUACCGAGGACUUUUGCCGCAAAUCGUCGGAGUCGCACCGGAGAAGGCUAUCAAGCUGACGAUGAACGACUACAUGCGCGACAAGUUCACGACGGACGGCAAGAUUCCGCUGUACGGAGAGAUUAUUGCCGGAGGAACCGGAGGAAUGUGCCAGGUCGUGUUCACCAACCCGCUAGAGAUUGUGAAAAUCCGUCUGCAAACCGCCGGAGAAGUGCAACAAGCAGGCAAGAAGAUCGGCGUGUUCACGGUGCUCAAAGAGCUCGGAUUCCUGGGACUCUACAAGGGAUCUCGUGCCUGCUUCCUCCGUGAUAUUCCCUUCUCGGCCAUCUAUUUCCCGGCCUACGCUCAUGCUAAGCUCGCGACGGCCGAUGAGGACGGAAUGAACUCUCCGGGAACACUUUUCUGCUCCGCUUUCAUCGCAGGAGUUCCCGCGGCUGGAUUGGUCACUCCGGCAGACGUCAUCAAAACCCGACUUCAGGUGGCUGCGAGAGCUGGACAGACCACGUACAAUGGUGUUAUUGGUAGGGCUUUUGAAAAAGAUUGAGACAGUUUCUAACCGGAAAUAUUGCAGAUUGCUUCCGAAAACUUGUAAAGGAGGAGGGUCCGAUGUCCCUGUGGAAGGGAACAGGCGCCCGUGUGUGCCGCUCGAGUCCCCAGUUCGCCGUCACCCUGCUCACCUACGAAGUGCUCCAACGUCUCUUCUACGUCGACUUCGCCGGAUCGCGCCCGACCGGAUCCGAGUUGGCGACCACGAAAACCAUCCAGGACGAGUCGUCAACGAACCCAGAUCAUGUCGGAGGCUACAAACUCGCAGCCGCCACGUUCUCGGGCAUCGAGCACAAAUUCGGACUGUUCUUGCCGAGGUUCGAGACGAGAAAGUAG